GUCGGCGGCCCCGGGACCGCCCGGCCCGGCCCGCCACCGGCUCCCUUCCCCUUCCUUCCCUCCCUCCGGGGGCGGCGGUGGUGCGGCCCGGGAAGCGUGGGCGCGGCGGACUCCGGCGUCUCAGCCCCGCCAUCUCAGCCCCGCCGCUGCCCGGGGCGCUGGGCCGCGGGACGGGCGGGCCGGGGAGGGAGCCCUGCCCGCUCCCGGUGUGUCCCCUCAGCGGGACGGGCCCGGUGCUUCCCAGGCUGGAGCCGAACCUGCUGCGGGACGAGCUCCCGGCCCCGGCCCGGCCCUGGCUCCCCUUUGCAGUGUAGCGACAGACGGCCUGGCUUGGGAUGAGCUCUGGAAACAAACGGCUUUGGGAAUCCCGGGUGGUGCGGCUGAUUCUGGCCAGCCCCUGGCUCCGGCACAGUCGUCCCAGCCCCGGGUUUCCCCUCCGAAAUCCACCAGAAGCUCGCAGUGCCAGGUGCUGCCGGGCACGUUCCGUUAGUGAGACGGCAGGCGAGGAGCUCCCAGGGGAGAACCUUAAAUCCCGUGUUCCUUCCCUGCACUGCCAGCUGGGGCUCAGGUUGAAUGAAGAGUCUCAACUUCUUCCAGGUGUCCCUUUAAAACAUUUCUUACUUCUCCACUUGCUUCUCCCCAUGGAAGACAGGCUGGGGUUCCUUUUCUGCUGUUCAUGCUGAGCAGUUGCUUGGAGAGGUGGUGCUUGAGUGGAAAUACCCCUGGUGAUGAUUCAAAUGUGGGAAUCACCCCAGAUGUGGUUGCUGCUGGUGCUCCCCUGGGAACAUGCCUUGAUAGGGAAUUAACACCAGUCAGUGAUGGGCUGUGGGACCAGCAAAGUGCUUCCCGAGCCCCCCAAAGAUGUGCAGCUAGACCUGGUUAAAAAAGUCGAACCUUACACGGGCCACAGCGACAUCUAUAAGCAUUUCAUCAAAGAUGACUGCGGGGCCGUCAUCAAAGCUGGCUCUCCCUCCCCUGCCCGUCACACUGACCCCUAUCCCGGGAACCCCCUGCCCGCCCGGCAGCCCGAGCCCCGCAAGAACAAAGUGGCCAAAUACCGCGCCAAGUUCGACCCCCGGGUGACGGCCAAGUACGACAUCAAAGCGCUGAUCGGGAGGGGCAGCUUCAGCCGCGUGGUGCGGGUGGAGCACAAGGCCACCAAGCAGCCCUACGCCAUCAAGAUGAUCGAGACCAAGUACCGGGAGGGGCGCGAGGUGUGCGAGUCGGAGCUGAGCGUCCUGCGCCGCGUCCGCCACACCAACAUCAUCCAGCUCAUCGAGGUCUUCGAGACCCAGGACCGCGUCUACAUGGUCAUGGAGCUGGCCACGGGCGGGGAGCUCUUCGACCGCAUCAUCGCCAAGGGCUCCUUCACCGAGAGGGACGCCACGCGCGUGCUGCAGAUGGUGCUGGACGGGGUGAGGUACCUGCACACGCUGGGCAUCACCCACCGCGACCUGAAGCCGGAGAACCUGCUGUACUACCACCCGGGAACGGAUUCCAAGAUCAUGAUCACGGACUUCGGGCUGGCGAGCGCGCGGAAGAAGGGGGACGACUGCCUGAUGAAAACCACGUGCGGGACCCCGGAGUACAUCGCUCCCGAGAUCCUGGUCAGGAAGCCCUACACGAACUCCGUGGACAUGUGGGCGCUGGGGGUGAUCUCGUACAUUCUGCUCAGCGGCACGAUGCCCUUCGAGGACGACAACCGCACCCGCCUGUACCGGCAGAUCCUGAAGGGAAAGUACAGUUACUCAGGCGAGCCCUGGCCCAGUGUGUCCAACCUGGCCAAGGAUUUCAUCGACCGCCUGCUGACGGUGGACCCCAGCGACAGGAUGACGGCCCUUCAGGCCCUGAAGCACCCGUGGGUGGUCAGCAUGGCAGCCUCCUCCUCCAUGAAGAACCUGCACCGUUCCAUCUCCCAGAACCUUCUCAAGAGGGCGUCCUCCCGCUGCCAGAGCACCAAGUCGGCGCAGUCCACCCGCUCCAGCCGCUCCACCAAGUCCAACAAGUCGCGGCGCGUGCGGGAGCGGGAGCUGCGCGAGCUCAACCUGCGCUACCAGCAGCAGUACACGGGCUGAGCGCCCGCGGGUGUGCGCGCACUCGGUGAGGAACAGCCAGGUUCCUCCCCUCCUCCCUCCAGGCGUUCCCCCCUCCCACGAGGAGGUGUCCCCCUCGCCCCGUGCGGAGGAAAGGGAACCUUGUGGUGGCCGUCCCAGCCCGCCAGCUGUGCCGCGGGGUCUCGCGCCAGAAACGGGGGAGUCCUUGUGGGCUCGGAGCCUCAAGGAAUUAAGGAGCCACGUGGGGAGAAGAGCUCUUUCUGUAGCCCAGGAGCUUGGUUGUUCAUAGUUAUUUAUUAAUUCCAGAGCGCCUAGUUUCUCUCACUUGUGUAUGGAAAAAAGAAGCAAUCACUCGGUGUGUCUGUGCGUGCACGUCCGUGUGUGCACAUACACGUGUGGGGGUGUAUAUGUAUUUAAAAAUUAUGUAUACACAGAUUUGGAGCUGGUUUAGUCAGACUCCGUGGUGCCUUUGCAGCGAAGCUGGAAUGAGUCAUGUGCAGUUAGAAGUGGGAUAGCUCUGACUCACUGGUGUGCUGCCCACCAGCUCCUUGCCAAAGAGAUGCCAGACAGCAGUUUUCCACGAGGGCCGGGAAGCUGCGAGGUUUCCCCCAAGGGCUGCCAUCCUCCUGAUGACGUCAAGGGCUCACUUGCCUGAUGACAUCAAGGCUUUACCCCUGGAAUUGUCCUUUCCUUGUUUGCAGCAAGACCAGUGCCUGUCAUGCAGGGUUUGUUGUUCUUGUGGCUCCGUUGGUCUCUGUCGUGUUACACACCUUGCACCCUCCAGAAGAAGAUUGAGAAUGUUGAGUUUUUUUGUGCUAAGGGGAAAAAAGAGGGGAGAAGUUUUAGGGAUGUGCUUCCCACCCCAGAGGUGGGAUGGGCUAUAACCACUGUAGGCGCAGUGUUACUGACCAUGUCACUGCACCAGAAUUUUGGUGGCUCCAGGCUGCUCCCUGCCUGCAGAUUUGACAGGCCUCCCCUGCUUUGUGUGCCUGUGCUGCCCCAGCACUGCUAUCCCUGCUUUGGGACAGUGGUGGUGGGAGCUGUUGGGGUGGCCACAAAUGGCUCCAUAGCACCAGGGUAGGGGCUUGAGUAGUGGAAGCCCAGUCUGGGAGUGUCAGCAGUGACAGUACUCUGGAGACAUUGUACAAAUGCCCUAGAGCUGUGAGGGGUGACUUAAGUUCACCAGGAAAAAGCUGCCUUUGAGGAGUCCUUGUGCUGUGUAGGUGAUGAGUGGCCUGUUACAAAGGACUCUGAGGGGGCUGCAGAGCUGAGCUUUCUGCAAGCCUGCUGAGAUUAUCUUCCCAGCUAGUUAGAGCAGCAAAGUGGGGCUGAUGGCACAGGCACAGGAUGGAUUUGGCUUCUCAUGGUAGCAGAGACAAGAUCAGCAGUGAAGGAAAAUGCUGGGGUUUGAAACUUUUCUUACGAAGCCACACAGUUUGCUUUGUGCUGUGCACUUGGGAAAGGCUUGCUUGGCUCUGGGCUGGAGGUGCAGACAGUCCAGGCUCAAGAGUCUGGUGAGCUUGGCCUUUUCCUAGGAUUGAUGCCUGUGCCACUGUGUUUCAGUGUCAGCAGGGCUGAAGUGGUCAGUCACAUCUCCAGGGAGCUCUCACAGUCACUGCUAGUCAGCAAACAGCAAAGCAGCUUUAGUGGGAGAAGAUUGGAGUUUUCUGUGCUAAGGUGAAAAAUGGGGGAAUUCUGGGGGUGUGCUUCCCACCCCAAAGGUAGGAUGGCUGUAAAUACAUGUAACCAGCCUGCUGUGCCCAAGCAUGUGGUGGGGAAUAGAGCAGAACCUUGAGGACAGCCACUGUGUGUAGCAUGAGUGAAUUCAAAAUUCCUUUGUGUGGUUUUGCAUGUUAUUUUGGAAACCUCACAUCCUUUGUAGGCUGCCCUUGCUCUGAGCAACCCAUCCCACCAUGUCACAUGCAGUCUUUCUUCCAUCAGCAUUAACAGAUACUGUAGAAUUCCCCAUAUUUGUUUUUUUCAACUCUGUGGACUGCAAACAAAAAUGUUUUCAGCAUAUUUUACCUCCUCACAUUGUUUUUCCCUAGUUUGUUACCAUGAACUAUAAACUAGAUGUGAUUUCUGACAAAGCAGGCAGCUUGCCACGUUUUGCUUCACAGACAGUUCAGUGUCCCCCGUGGGACAGCAAACAGCUCUCCAAAAGCAGGAGCCCCUCUUAGGCCAGUGUCAGCUGGACCAUGGGGGCCCUGCAGGUCCCGUGGUGGCAGGAGGCUCCCUCGGAGCACUUCUGGUUCUGAGCCAUUGCUUGAAGAGCUUCGGUGUGUUUGGAGCAUCACUCCAGGCACUGUGAUUGCUUUUACCUCCUGGCUGCUCCCAUGGCCCUCCCCCGAUUAUCCUGCAUUUUUAUCCAUAAAACAGGGAUUUUGCCUGUGUGAGGGGGUCAAACUGAUGAACUGAGCCAAAACCUCUAGAGACCCUUCCCCAUAACCACUAGACUGUCAAAAUGCACAGGCAUCGUGCAGCUAUCUGCCCAUGCUGUUCCUUUAUCCUUCUCUUAGGGGAUGAGGAAUGCAUAAAGCCCUGGGCUAACCAGGCUUGUUUCUCCACCUUCACAAAGCAGAACAAGAAUCUUCUCAUCUGUGACAAUUUUUGCUUCACUGAUCUUUUCUAUAACUGUUUUUUCACCAGGGGAAGUUCGCAGCGAUCAUUUGUGAUUACUUUGGGCUGUAAUAUGUUUUGAGAAGCAGGAGGUUGCUGUGCAGGUUCCUGACAGCGCCAGGUUUUGGUGGUGAUGCUCUGUGACUAGGGGUGAGUUGGCAGAAGGCAGGAUCCACCACAUAGCUGAGAAUACUGGAUAGCUGGAACUGGCUCUCCAUGGUAUCGAGGUGUGUGCAGUCCUUGGGCGCUCCACUGCUUGGGAACUGUGGGAAGAGGACCAAGGCCAUCUCAUAAAGAGUUUUGGCUUUUCUGAAAAAAACAACUCUAAUUCUUCUCACACAUGCAACAUUUUCUUGUUUGCAUGGAAGAAGCGUCAACUUGGGAAAGUCUUUACAGGCUUUCCUUCUGUUGUUCAGUUUUAACACUCUUGGCUCACUGCCUCUUCUUUUUCUAAAUCCAGUAUUUGUAGGAACUUUGCAGCCAGACAAUAACAUGUGGCCAGAGGGGAGAUGAGCAGAGCUCUGUCCAAGUGACCCUGGAGUCCCCAGUGAUCUUUCACUCAGUCUGGAAAACUGUGAUGAUCCAAAUGCCAUGUUGGAACGUCUGGCUUAAGAACAAUUCCUCAGGUGCUUUUAUUCUUGCAAGUGGGAACAUUUUCAGUUGGGUAUUGUGUGGAGGGGGACAGGCAAAGUGCUGUAAUUCUGAGCCAUAGUCCAGGUGCCUUCAAUCUGUCCUCUAAGAAGCUCUUCACUGUGAAUUACCUUGAUCAUCUGUCUUCAUUCCACAGGAGCAGCUCAGUGCUCGGUUGGUCUUAAGUCUCAGGAGUUUACACUUUUCAGGAGUGCCUUUUUUGGGGAUUUUAGAAACUAAAAUCUCUCUGAAAUGUUUUUUUCUACUCUUUCAUUUAAUUUUUUUAUGUCCUUCUUUGACUCUUAAUGGUGGUUCUUAAUUUGGCUCGCAGGGUGUUUUUGGGAAACUUCCCUCCUGAGUGUGCAGGGAGGACGGAAGUAACACCUGCCUGUUCCAGACCACCACAAAUCUGAGUGUUUGUGUUUUGCCUGCUCUGGCUCACACAGGGGAGGUGGAAUUGGAAUGACACCUAGUGGCAAAUUGUGGUGUGUCCUUGUCCAAGCACAGCCCUGGCCUCGCUGCUCUUUGAGGGGUAAAGGGAAUUAGGGUGGUUUGUCUUUUGGAACUUAGCAGUACUGUGUAAAACAAUCCCAUCCUUUUGUCCUGGGAGUUUGGCUGCUAAGGGGAGAGAAUUACAGCUUCAAAGAAUGUGGCCUGUUGGUUCCUUGAUUUUUAUUAUUUUUGUUAAGGGUUAUUGGAAAAGAAUGUGAAAAAGUCUUCCAGAAACUGCGUUAUGGAGUCUAAAGAUUCGCAUCCAGGUUUUGAGUGUGUAAUGUAUUUUCCUAAAGCAGCAGUUACCAGUCCAUGUUUGAUUUACUUCUCACUCAGGCUUCUAAAAUCUAAACAUCUUUUUAAAAAUCUUAACAUAUCAGCCCAGUGGGGGUAGAAACCACCCUUCCUUCGAUACUGAAGAAGUCUGUGCUAUUUAACACUGUGAUAGCAUCCAGAUGCUCCUGCUCUGUUGUUCUUGGAAGCACAAGGCUGUAUGUGAAGGAAAGCUUGAGAGCCUCGUGAGGAGCUUAAGGCCAGACAAGAGGGCUCAGCCUUGCUGGCUUUGGUAGUGAUUUGGAAACCAGCUGCAGUGUAGGGCCUGCUUCACGUGUUUGUUCUGGAUGUGAUAAACCCUCACGCUCUUCUUUGGAAUCUGGGUAUUUUCCUCUUUUAGGUGAGAUGUUUUCUCUUCUGGUAAUUUACACUAUUUCUGAGGCCCUGCUCCAUUUCUCAGUCCUGUUUUCUACCCCGGUGUUUGGCUGCAGUACUAAGAUAGUCAGCUUUUAUCUGAUGCACAAACUGGAAUAGGAAUGAUGGUUCACUUGGCUGCUGGGCAGCAGCUCUGGGUUUGGCUCUGCAGGAGCUGUGGCAAGUCCAGGGGCAAGGUAGAAGCUUCCAGAUGGCGCCUUUGAGGACCUGCAGUGCAGGCUCAGCUCAGGCUGGUACCACGUAGGGCAACUACUGUGUGGCUGUGUCUAAUUAGGCUGUGUGGGGCCAUAUUGUUUUAAGUAAUGAUGCUGAAGAUUCGGGAGGUUUGAGGUGGGAUAAAUUAAAAUCUCAAUUGUUUGACUUAAUUUAGUUUUCUAAAUGAUGCAAAGCAACACGGACAUUGGCUUCUUUGGCACCAGUGUGAGCCCUAGAAUCUGCAGGGAGGUUGGAUUGUCCAGGCCUCUCACCCACUCAGCUUUCUCCUGGAAAGUGUCACAAAGUGCCUGUACCACUCAGUGCAUGUACCCAGUCCCAAUUGCCUUCACCACUCUUGGGAGGGUUUUGGUGCUUUUUUUGACCACUCAGUGUCCUCUUUCACCCUGGAUUAAGAGUGCAGCACUCCAAGGCAGGUGCCUGCAUGCCAGCUUUGCCUUACUGUGCAGGAAAAUUCCCAAAGAAAUAAAUGUGAACACCAGGGACGUGCUGUGGCAAGCGGCAUCACGGAGCUCAGUGCCUUCCACCCUCGGUGUGCCAGGGGCAGCAGGAGCUCUGCCUGGUGACAAUUGUCCCCCUCCCACUGUCCCCCCCUGCCUGGUGAUACUGCAGAUGUGUGAUGGGCGAGCUCUGGCUGCUGCUGCAGAGGUCACUGCACCGUUUGUUUGCUGGAAUCCCGGAGCAGCUGCGCGGGCCAGCGAGGUGUGUUACAAAGCAGCAGCUCCUGCGCGGACGCCCCGAUGCCCUGAGCUUUCCUGUUGCCUUUCACUGCGGAAAGAACCUCCCGGGAAGCCCUCGGGAUCGGAGAUCUUCCGGCACUCGAUGUUAUUUUUGGUUGCCCGGUUUCCGGUGCUGGGUUGGAACGGUUUGGAAGCGACUCCGGUCUCAUCCAGUCGGUCUGUGUCCCAUCCAGUGUCCCCUUCUGUGCCUUGCCUUUCGAGUCCUGGCUUUACUCUAAGGACUGUCCUGUCAGAUGAGGUGGGACCCAUUGUAAUUAUUCUGUAAUGUUCAAGUUAGAGUGUACAGAAUUAUUUAUUUGUUGUACUCGUUCUGCUAAAACAUGUCCAUGUAUUCUGUGUA